UGGCCCUUCCUGGAGGGCUGCGCCUGUACUCCAGAACGGAUGGCCGAGGCCGGCUUCAUCCACUGCCCUACUGAGAAUGAGCCCGAUUUGGCUCAGUGUUUCUUCUGUUUCAAGGAGUUGGAAGGCUGGGAGCCAGAUGACAACCCCAUAGAGGAACAUAAAAAGCAUUCAUCUGGCUGUGCAUUCCUUUCUGUCAAGAAGCAGUUUGAAGAGUUAACUCUCAGUGAAUUUUUGAAACUGGACAAAGAAAGAGCCAAGAACAAAAUUGCAAAGGAAACCAACAGCAAGCAGAAAGAAUUUGAAGAAACUGCAUCAAAAGUCCGUUGUGCCAUGGAACAGCUGGCUGCCUUGGAGUGAGCCCCUCGCCGUGCUCACUGGUACCAGAGGGCUGUGUCGGGCCAAGGCACGCUCUCUGGUGUCCCCAACCUUUCGGCCCCUUAGGAAAGGAGAACAGCAGAGUUUUGAAAUUGAGUAUUUAAGCUGAUUUUCAUUUUCUCUUGGAAGCAGUGCCCGCAGAUCUUUUACCGGAGCGGCAGGUGCUGCUGAUCACCACAGUGGCUGCAUUUUUUUCUUUGGUAGCUUUGCUCUGUUAAACCCUGGACUUACUGUGGGUGAGGAGUGGGUGAGGAGGAGGGCAGUGUCUCCGAGGCAUAGUUGCCCGUCAGGGGUUCUGUCUCGGUCUCAGCUCUCUAAACCCACUCGGCCACCAGCAGCUCACCUGCCUUUGUGAUGUGUGCUUCCUGACAGAGCGCAAUGGAAUAAAUUAAUUUAAAGAAUAGACUAGAAGACCUUUCUCUUUGGAGGAAACUGGUUUUGUCUGAUUUUUAAAUAAGUGUUUAUAUUGUUCAGAACCCCACGGGAUCAUAAAUUUAGUGAUAUUUUAGUUUGUUUUUAAUUAAAAAAAAUU